GUCACCAGGAAGGGGAAGCAGCUUGUAAACAGGAUUGCUUGUGUGUAUAAAGCAGCGUUACACCGUAGAGCCAGUUGACCUGCUCAACCUGCACCUGUCAGCCAGCAAAGACCUUUCAUCAUGGCGCUGGCUGGAGUGAGAGUUCUUGAGCUGGCGGGCCUGGCUCCAGCACCGUUCUGUGGCAUGAUCCUGGCAGACUUUGGAGCCAAGGUGAUCCGCGUGGACCGGACCAAGGUUGCCAUGUCUUUGGAUACACAAGUACGGGGGAAACGAUCUGUGGCCGUCAACCUGAAGACGUCAGAGGGUGUAGCCUUGCUCAGGAAGCUCUGUGUCCAGUCUGAUGUGGUCCUUGAGCCCUACCGUAAAGGUGUGAUGGAGAAGCUGGGCCUCGGUCCACAGGAACUGUUAAAGGAAAACCCUCGUCUGAUCUACGCUCGGUUGACGGGGUACGGACAAAGUGGAUCUUAUGCCACCGCAGCAGGGCAUGACAUCAACUACCUCGCCAUGUCAGGUCUUUUAUCCCAGCUGGGUCGUAGUGGAGAGAAGCCCUACGCUCCGUUGAAUCUCAUAGCAGACUUUGCAGGAGGUGGUCUUACCUGUGCUCUGGGGAUAGUCCUAGCCCUGCUGGAGAGGACGAAGUCAGGGAAAGGACAGAUCAUUGAUGCCAGCAUGGUAGAAGGAGCCGCAUAUGUUGGUUCAUAUGCGUGGAAAUCUCGUAACAUCGGUAUGUGGGACCGUCCUAGAGGACAGAACAUGCUGGACAGUGGAGCACCCUUCUACGAUACCUACGAGACUGCCGAUGGAAAGCAUAUGGCUGUGGGAGCCUUAGAACCGCAGUUCUACACACAGCUACUUCAGGGCUUAGAGUUGGACGCCGAAGCAUUACCUCCUCAGAUGAGCUUCACUGAUUGGCCAGAGCUGAGACGGAUCUUCACAGAGAGAUUUGCUUCAAAAACCCAGGCGGACUGGUCAAGGGUUUUUGAUGGGACUGAUGCCUGUGUUACACCUGUGUUGUCUUUUGACCAGGUGAGCUCACACCCACACAACCGGGAAAGAGCUUCUUUCAUGAAGGACUCCAGCGGGGAGGAAAGCCCACGGCCGGCCCCGGUUCUCUCUCGGACUCCUGCAGAGCCUUGCUUUGCCUCCGACCCGGUUAUCGGAGAACACACAGUUGAGGUCCUGAAUGAGUACGGGUUCACGUCAGCAGACAUAGACCAGAUGCUAUCAGCAGGGAUAGUAGAGUGUAAUGCUGUCAAAGCAAAGUUGUAGAGAUAUAUAACUAAUAUCAGUGAUUGAUUUGGACAAAAAAACAAAAACACAACUACACCAGACCAGAUUCCAUUCUCAAAUGUAACACUUUCCAAAUAUUUCGUACCGACAACGUUAUGUUAAUUUCACAGGUUCAACUGACUUUAGCAGUUUAUAUAACAGACACUACUGUCCUGUUUGCUGCCUUGUUCAUGGACUAAUAUUGGUGCUCUGCUGCAGAAUGAAUAUAGGGAAUACUAUAGCUGAUAUUUGGCAUUAUCUUUGGCAUAAAAAAAAAAUAUAUAUAUAUAUACAUAUAUGCCAGGCAGGGGUUCCUAUUGUACAAUUAUAGGGGAAACACUGGUCUAAGGAAGAAUUGUGCUAAAUUUCCCAGUUUAUUUGCCAAAAGAAUUUGUGUACACAGAUUGUUAAAUCAGCAGCACCAAAAAUAUUAGUUAAAUACAGCCUUAAUUGUUGUACGUUUAAUGCCUAACGUACAGUGGAUGUGACUGUGUUGCAUUCCAGUUGCUCCUGUGGUUCUGUGGCGCCUCUGUCCGUAAUAUACUGUAGUUAAGAGAUGUUUUAUUGCCUCUGACUUUCUUUAUGGUCACUCAUUUGAAAUGUUAAUACAGACCAUCUCAGAGUGCGGCUUUUUUAAAUUUUAUCCGAUGAUGCCGUGAUUAUAAAAUAAAUGGUUGGGAAUGACUGCCUAGUUAACGGGUAGUAUUUAUGUGUUUCAUUCAGAUUUCAUACCCAUUCCAUUGUCUGAUAACAGAGACAGGAAAUGAUGUAAAUGAAAACAACUAAAUUGUGACUUUAACUGCAUUAAAACACAUUACAGAUGAA